CGGUGUAUACUUGUGUGGCUCGAUCCCGGAUAUUAUAUAAGAUACAUGUACAGACGUUAGCGGGUGUUCUUGGACAUCGAUACACCGGUCUUACACUGUGUGGGAUUGUACAGUGAAUCAGCACCAGAAAAGUCACCAUGGGAAGUCUACUGUCUAAAUGUAAAGAUGGCGAAGAUGACAAUUUUGACGACAUGAACGCUCCAAAACCUGCAGAUCCACCACCUACUAGCCCAGCUCCUGUUCCCCCAAGGGAUCCAACUCCACCACCGCGAGACCCAACACCGCCGCCUCGAGACCCGACCCCUCCUCCAUCGGACCCAACUCCACCACCGCGAGACCCAACACCGCCACCUCGAGACCCGACCCCUCCUCCAUUGGACCCAACACCACCCCCUCGAGAUCCAACUCCUCCUCCGCCAACAGAUUUACCCCCUUCACGUGAUCCAACUCCACCUCCUACAGAUAUCCCACCCCGUGAUCCCUCUCCCCCUCCCACAGAUGUCACUGUGACUCCCGGACUUCACUUCGGAACAGAAUACCAGCGGACAAACUUAGAUACUUUUGAAGUUCAUGUUGACUUCCGGUCUAAAUCAACUGAUUUUGAUAUCGAACACCGUCCACACGUAACUUCCGGCCUAUACACUGAUUACCAAUUUCCACUUAAAGUUGCACUGCCGAAACCAGAUCCACAAGGCAGAGAGAUAGAAUGGAAGCGACCAACAGAUAUCCGAGACAAUCCGGUCCUCGUUUCAGAUGGUACUUCGAAGUACGACAUAGGUCAAAGGUCAAUCGGUACCUGCUGGUUUCUGGCAGCAGUAACCAACAUAGCUGACAAACCCAAUCUCAUGAGACAGGUAAUUCCAGCGGACGCUUACCUCGUAGGAAAGCCUGAAUAUGAUGGCGUGUUUCAUUGCCGGUUUUGGCGCUACGGCGUAUGGGAGGAUGUCUACAUAGACGAUUAUCUGCCUAUUGUGUACGACAAUGUCGUAUACGGGGCACAUUCUGACACAGACGAAAAUGAAAUGUGGGUCGCCCUGUUGGAGAAAGCAUUCGCCAAAUGUUACGGUAGUUACGAAGAUGUCACAGGCGGCCAGAGCGCAGCCUCGUUCGUGGCACUAACUUCCGGUGUUCCAGAAGAAAUUGAUCUGAGAUCAGGGGAAGUAACUCCAAAUGAAGUUUUUGUUCGUGUGACCAACGCGCACCGUUCAGGAGCUAUGGUGGCAUGCGCAGUUCCGGGUGAACUCAUGGGGUUCAAUGGAUUGAUUGGAAACCACGAGUACACAUUGACAAAGAGCACUGUGAUUAAUGGUAACCGUUUGCUUCUUGUACGAAAUCCAUGGGGUAGAGGAGAAUGGAAGGGCGCUUGGAGCGACGGGAGUCCCGAAUGGUUAUCAGUUUCGGAAAAUGAAGUUCGACGUGCUGACGCAGACGACGGCGAGUUCUACAUCUCGAUAGACGAUUUCAUGAAGUGCUUUAGCCUGGUGACCAUUUGUUCUGUCACGCCCGACUUCGACAGGGACGGAAGUGAAGACACGCUCAAUUACGUCACGUGUUUAUAUGGUGACUGGAGAGAUGACAACGCAGCAGGAUUUGAGAAGAAAUUACAGAAUCCGAAAUUUCUUAUAGAAGUCAACGACAGCGCCUCGGACGAAAACGGGGAUGUGCCUCUGGUUGUACAACUCAUACAACGGACAGAACACAGACGGGAGGAUAUGGCACAAAUCCGCUGUGACGUUUAUAAGGUAUAUGGUUCUAAUGAUGGUAUGUACAUAAUAGAUGAACUUGGAAAGAAAACCAACUCUUACAAAAACUCUCAGCAACGUUCCUUCCGGUAUUUAGUGCAGCCUGGGAAAUACAUUGUCAUACCGUCCACCGGAAAUGCAGGAGUCGAGAAGGAAUUUCUUAUCCGAGUCUACACAUCUGGACCAUUGCAAAAUUUUGUGAAUCUCACACAGGACAAAGGGAUCGAAUACAUGCUUUGUGACAUGGAGGCUAUACCUGAAUCUCUCAACGUUGAAGUGGAUAAGUUGCAGAUCCAGUGUCUGACAGGCACUAUCACAGAAGGAGUUAAUGCCGGAGGUCAGGUUUCUUAUAACACUGUGGAAAUCAAUCCUCAGUUCCAGAUCAGAGUCAGCCGGAGAGGAUUUGUGCGGUUCCAGUUACUUCAAAAUGAUAAACCGGAACUGGUUCCCCUUGGUAUCCGUAUGUGGCGAGAUGAUGGCAGUAUUGACGUUCCGCUUACUACCCGCUGGAUCAAUUACAAUUACCGAGAGGCAAGUGUCAUUGUUCUGAUGACAGACAAUGACGACGGCAAGUUCGUUGCAGGGUCCAAAGUCAAGGCCGACUACGUACUUGAUCCCGGAAGUUAUGUUAUGCUCAUUCAUCUCAACUCACCCAAUGAAGAAACAAAGUUUGCUCUUCUUGUCCAAUCAGAAUACAAACCUGAGAUCACUGGAUUCCAAGUUGGAAAUUGAAGGAAAUCAGCCCACAGACGAAGUCAGGGAAGGAUGUCAUUAUUCAUAUACUAGAAAAAAUAUGUCUGGAAACAUUAGUAUUUAUGUAAUAUAUUUCAUUUUUAACGUGUACAUCAUAAAAACUUUAAUAUCAACAAAAAAUCACUUGUGACAUGUAAAUACUAGUAUUUUUAUUGUUAUAUUUGUUGAAUGAAGUUGAACGACAUGGUUGUCCUUCUCAUUAUAAAA